AGGGGGCGGCGGAGGGGGAGCCCCGCUCCCCGGGGGGAAGAUGGGGAACUGCCUCAAGUCCCCCACCUCGGAUGACAUCUCGCUGCUCCACGAGUCCCAGUCGGACAGAGCCAGCUACGGGGACGGGGCUGAGCCGGAUCAGGAGCCGCCGCCGCCAUAUCAGGAGCAGGUCCCUGUUCCUGUUUAUCACCCGACUCCUAGCCAGACUCGGCUAGCAACACAGCUGACAGAAGAGGAGCAAAUCAGAAUAGCGCAGAGGAUAGGCCUUAUUCAGCAUCUACCUAAAGGAGUCUAUGAUCCUGGAAGAGACGGCUCCGAGAAGAAGAUCAGAGAGUGUGUCAUUUGUAUGAUGGACUUUGUUUAUGGGGACCCUAUCCGAUUUCUGCCGUGCAUGCACAUUUACCACCUGGACUGUAUAGACGACUGGUUGAUGAGAUCCUUUACCUGUCCAUCCUGCAUGGAGCCAGUGGAUGCAGCACUGCUUUCAUCAUAUGAGACUAACUGAGCCAGGGUUUCUCCACUGAACCGUCAAGGAGACCAUCCACUUUAAUGGGUUUGAUCCUUUUGUCAUUCAGCCCAAAGAGCCAGGAAUUAGGAAUUAAGAUCAUGCACAAAGUAUACAUUUCCUAAUAAAUAAAUAAAAGAAUAUUCCUGAAUGGCUGCAAAUAUUGGAAAAAGCAUAGUAUUUUAGAGACUAUAGAAAAGUAGGUUGUUAUUUUUAAUGUAAAGCCUUGACCCACCAUUGUCUUUUAAUGUCUGUUCUUACACCCAUAUAUAGGAAUUGUGUAAAGUGUUACAGCAACUGUAAAUGUUUAAACUGCGUGUAUCCAAUUUUAUUAGCAGCAAGAUAAGAGUAUUUUUUUUCCUAAAUAAAGUAACCAGUUUUGUUCUGAUUCUUUUCACAAGUCCUGGCAUUUGGGUCAAGGCUUUAUUGAAAUCUACAUUUUAUAACACUGGCACAAAGAAAUAGUUUUAAGCUUGUUUGCACAGUUCUUUUUCUUUUUUUUUUUUUUUUUUUUCCAUUGGAGAUGGAAUUCAUUGCCUUAGGUCUUUUUAAUAGUGUAUUGUUAUUGUUGGGCUGGCUCUAUGCUUGAAAACCAGUUUAUUUAUAACCUGUUAAAAGUGCUAUAUUUUGUUUGCAGUUAGGAAUAUGCAGACUUCAAAGUGAUCUCCUAGCUUGUAAGCAAACUGAGAUGCAUUAUCCCUUUUCUACAAGUGAUGCAGAAUAUGAAGAUAUGAGACAAGUCCUACAGUGAAAUUAUGGUUUCAUGUUUUUUAUAACUUGCUUCGGUUUUGAUGAAACAACAGUCCUUAAACUUUAAUAUGUCACCUUUAACUUGAUCAGGUUAAAAGUGGGCCAGAUGGACAAUAAAUAGUUAAACUACCAUGACUGAAAAAAAUAUUUGGAACUGAUGUAGUGUUAGUGUUGAUCACUUACUCUACCGCUUUCUACCUAAAAAUGGUUGUCUUGGAUCAUAGCAAACGGAUACUGCAUCUCUCGUUCUUGUAGUUCUUAGGUUAUCAGAAGUUAAGAAUAAACAUACUGUAUCUCAGUC